UAGCACCAGCCGCUUGGUUGAGGCCAUUUGUACAAAGCUGUGUGCCGUACACAAGUCCACUUCCAAGAAGGCUGGUGUUCGCACGGCCAGGUGGUCUAAAAUACUGACCGAUUACCACCACAUCCGGGAUCUAGUGCUUGGCAGUCGCAGGCUGAUGGAUGAAACAGUGAUCCAGCUUUUUGAGCUAAACCAGAAGACGCUCAUUCAGUGGUUUCAACGGAGGCAAAAGGAUCAGGAAAUGAGUGUACUCACUCAGGGACUGACUCCACUUGAUCCAAUUGCUGUGGCAGAUACGCAGCUUCCUUUGCCGAGGGAAAAAUUGGACGAGACACCAUCAACAUCAGGCCCCAAACACCAGUUUGUCUUUCCUCCAAAUAAAGAAGGACAGGCACCUCUUCUUCGACCUGGUCGAAAGACUGCUUCUGCAACCACCACAGUUUGCUCCUUCCUGCCGGAUGCCACCACGGUGUGCUCCUUUCCACCGGCCCCCACGACGGUAUGCCCCAUCGCGCCAACCCCCACCACAGUCUGCCACAUUGCACCGGCCCCUACCAUGGUGUGCCCCGUCACACCGACCUUCACCACAGUGCGCCCCAUCUCGCCAGCCUCCACCACAGUGUUCCCCAUCAUACCAGCCUCCACCACAGUGCGCCCUAUUGCGCUGGACCCCACCACAGUGGGCCCCAUUGUGUCUGCCCCCACCAUGGUGUGCUCCUUUCCACCGACCCCCAGCACAGUGUUCCCCAUUGCACCACCCCCCACAGCACCAGGUGUUGUGCAGCCCAUUUCAGGACCUGGAUCAUUGUUUGGCACACUUGUUUUUAACCCAGACAUGAGUGUGUCAAUGGUGAUUCCAUCAUUUGCUGCACCAACAUCCAGUGCAGUCCCAGCUUCACCUUCACCUGCUGUUCCUCCACCUGCACCUGCUCCACCUGCACCUGCUGUUCCUCCACCUGCACCUGCUCCACCUGCACCUGCUGUUCCUCCACCUGCACCUGCUCCACCUGCGCCUGCUGUUCCUGUGUCCCGUUACACCCAGAGGAACAGGCGCAGACGGGAACAGGAGAAGGAAAGUGUUUGCAGCAAAUGUGGGCAACCAAAGACUAAGGAGUUUGGCCAUAGCCGAUUUGUCCUUAGAGGACUGGUUGGCAGAACAGCGCCAGCAAAAUAAAGGACAAACUCCAGCUCCAGAAUAAAGGACAAAUUGCUGUAUAUAUUUUUGUAAAUGUUACAUGGGU